AUGAGGAACAUGUGGGGAUUUUCUACUGCAGAAACGGCAGCAGUGAAGAAGGAGGAAGAGGAGGAGUAUGUGGUGGAGAAAAUGUUGGACCGCAGAGUGGUGAACGGAAGAGUAGAGUUUCUGCUGAAAUGGAAGGGGUUCUCAGAUGAGGAUAACACAUGGGAGCCGCAAGACAACCUGGACCUCGACCUUAUCACCGAGUACAUGCAGAAACACAAGGAGGAGGAGGAGGAGAAGAAGAAGAAGGAGGACAAGAGGAAAGUUUUCAGUGAGGCCUCAGGAGACUCAGAGGAGCGAGGGAGCAAGAGGAAGAAGGAGGAGGUGAGUGAACCAAAGAGGUUACUCCAGACUGAAGUCCCAGAAAUCUAA